AUGAAUGAAAGCUCGCUCACAAAGCCUGAAGCAGACGCGGCAUUGUCCUCGAGUGAGGCGUUUGAAAUGAUGAGUGCGGCCAACGCCCCCGACAGCUCCACGCUAGGCCAUGUCCUAUGGAACUGGUUCUCGAACAGCACCGCCUCGACAAGCGAUGAUUCCGCCACACAGAUCAAGUGCUAUGCCUUUCCGUACGGCUUCCUGGGCUUCCUAGCCCACUUGGCUAUGUUCUACGGCAUUGCGCUCUCGUCCUUCAACCGAUGUCCGUGGAAAUUCAACAGUCCACUUGAGCAUUCGAGGCGGGAUCUGGUAUUUGGCAUAAUCGGCCUAGUCAUAUCUUGCCUAUUGACUGCGGGCACAAUGUACAGGUGCUCUGGAACCGAGUACUACGUGCUGAUAGCUUCGUCUAAGAUCCUGACGACGGUCGCCUCCUCGGCCAUUGGCAUUCAUAUCGCCUGGAACAUCCGCGGCAGAGGAAAGAAGAAAGAAAUUGAUUUAAAGAAGGACAGAAUAACACAUCAUAAUGCUCUCAAGUGGCUUCUAGUAGAAGUCGUCGGAUCUAUCCUCGAAUUUACCGGUGUCAUCAUGCUCCUGGAGGAAAGCCACGAUGCGGUUGUCAAGAAUAAAACACCGAUCAUGGUUAUGUCCUUGUUCCUUGCGGGCUUUAUGGGAAUUUCCCUCGGCGUCGGAAUCGCUUGGCUCGAGGUGCGUCAGCACGGACAGAGGAGGAUGGAGUGGGAGAUCCGGAAGGUACAGACAAAGUGUACGGCUCUGGAGGAGAGGCUUGCAUCAGAGGAUCCACGAGGAAGGUCUCUGAAUCGUCACCGGGGCGCACCAAACCGCGAGAGCAGGGCUGAGGAAUCGCCAAACCUUGGCCCUCGUCAGGAGGGCCGUCGGGCUGGUAGCUGCGAUGCGGUUCGAGACCCUCGAAGAAACUCCCUACCCCCCGUUAUUCGGGUGCGAGACCUCGAGGCCCAGAGGUUGAUCGCGCGGGCGGGCGAAGAUGAGGCGGACAAAGAGCCCAUCUUGUACUACUAUGAAGACGUUCUCAACUCUGCCAAGCAGGUUGUCCUAGUCGCGGGCGCGACCUUCGGCUUCUUUGUAACUCUGUACACUGACUGGAUUCUAGCUGCCGUCAGUGGCUCCUACUGGGGCUUCCCGACAACUGGAAAUGUUGGCAUGACGGUCGUCUAUGUGAUAUUCUACUUCGUUGUGCGGCUCAUGCCCGUCUUGUCUGCUUAG